GUGUUUUUCUUUUCCACAGAGACAUUAAACCAGAUAACGUGUUGCUGGAUGUUAACGGUCACAUCCGCCUGGCGGACUUUGGAUCAUGUCUCCGAAUGAUGGAGGACGGCACGGUGCAGUCCUCGGUGGCGGUGGGCACUCCAGACUACAUCUCCCCAGAGAUCCUGCAGGCGAUGGAGGACGGGAUGGGCCGCUAUGGGCCGGAGUGCGACUGGUGGUCUCUGGGUGUCUGCAUGUACGAGAUGCUGUACGGAGAGACGCCAUUCUACGCCGAGUCGCUGGUGGAAACGUACGGCAAGAUCAUGAACCACGAGGAGCGCUUCCAGUUCCCGUCCCACGUGACCGAUGUUUCCGAGGACGCCAAGGACCUGAUCCAGCGCCUGCUGUGCUCACGGGAGCGCCGCCUCGGCCUCAACGGGAUCUCCGACUUCAAGAGCCACCCGUUUUUCAGCGGCAUCGACUGGGACAACAUCCGGUCCACUGAGGCGCCCUACAUCCCCGACGUGUCCUCGCCCACAGACACGUCCAACUUCGACGUGGAUGACGACGUCCUCAAGAACCCG